AUGGCUCCACAUCCAGAAUUCCCCGCCAUCACGGUGUACAAGGACGUAUAUCCAGGGAUCGACCUGGACACGCGCCUGAAGGAUGCCGCGAAGGGGAAAGUAGUCUACAUCACGGGGGCCAGCCGGGGCGUCGGGGAGUCGACGGUUUAUGCCUACGCAAAAGCAGGCGCGAGUGGACUGUUCAUUACCGCUAGGUCGGCGAACGUACUAGCGUCCGUCGCCGAGUCCGCGCGCAAGAUCUCUACUUCGGUUGCCGUUGAGCCGUACGGCUUGGAUAUCACGGACGAGAAGGCGGUAGGCGAGAGCGUCAAGAAAUGCAUUGAGAAAUUCGGGAGGAUCGAUAUCGUGAUCUCGAACGCCGGUUAUAUGGAGAAGUGGAAAAAGAUAGGAGAGGCGAACCCGGACGAGUGGUGGAAGACCAUGACUAUCAACAUCCGUGGUACAUUCAACGUGGUUCACCACACAAUCAAGCACUUGGUCGCCGCCAAAGGCUACGCGGUCCUACUCUCGUCAUUCGGAGCUCAAGCCCGAAUGUUGGGUGCGAGCGGGUACCAGACUUCGAAGCACGCGAUAAACCGCUUCGUAGAAUUCAUCCAAGUUGAGUACGGCUCAGACGGCGUGAAGGUGUUCUCGGUCCACCCGGGCGGUAUCGUCACCGAGCUAGCUCUGAACGAACCUUCAAUUGUGGAGCUCCUCCAGGACAAGGUGGAGGUCGCGAGUCAUUCGAUAGUGCGUCUGACGAGCGGAUCCGAGGACUACCUUAGCGGCAGAUUCGUGAGCUGUACGUGGGACUUGGACGAGCUGGCGAAGAGGCGGAAGGAGAUCGAGGAAGGUGACCUAUUAAAGAACAGGCUGGAUAUCGGGAGCCUCACGGAUCCGCUACAAUCGUGA